AUGAUUUUUUGUUUAAUUUUUCUUCUUGUGGUCACUUCCCACGCGGCAAGUGGCCGGGUAAAUCCAUUAUCCGAUACUGGUCAGGCAGAAAAGUUGAUAAACACAUUUUUGAGAUGCAUUAUUCAAUCAAGAGAUGCUUUUCCUCAACAAGAGCUGUCCAACAGAAUCAACGCAAUGAAGAAAACGCUGAUUUCGACUUGGAAUUCGAGAAAAACACCCAAAGAGAUGUCACAAUUAACAACACUAGCUUUCGCAUCUGCCUUAGCUGAUUUGACAAAAUCUGGAAGUAGCCCAGCUUCAGUGGCCUUGAAAAAAAGAACUGUUCAGCAGUGCUUACAGAAAGCGUCAAUAGAAAUCGAAGGAACCCUAAAUUACGACUUCGUGCAAGAAAUGGUGCAAUUGAUAAACAGCAUACAAGAGAAGAGCAAGAACGACAAUACACAACCGGUUGGAUUAAGUAUCAUUUCUCGUGAACAACCAAAAUCCUUCAAUCCACCAAGUAGUUUUCAAUCUCCAACAGGUUCGAUACUGAAAGCAAAUAAUCCACCUCCAAUUCCAAUAGCCUCUUCUGGAUCAUUCUCGAAGAAUUUUGAUUAUUCUAAUGGCUUUCCCCAGUCAUAUGAAUCGAACAUUCCAGUUCGAUCACAAUCGGUAAAUGCAUUUAGUUCACCAGCAUUCUCUGUAGAUACUGGGUUUGCAGAAAACAUUCCAAAUUUAUCCUUGAAAGUUCCAGGACUAAAUGGUUUACAAGGCGUAAAAUCACAAUCCCAGGCUGAUUUAUUUUCAAACCCAUAUGAUUUUUCUAAUGACUUCAAAACUUCUUCUGCAAGUACCAACGACUAUGGUAGCAAAGAUUUUACUAAUUUUGGGAACACGUUUCCAGGAAGUUUGGAUUCUCCAUUCAAUUUUAAAUCACCUCCUCCAUCCAAAUUGCAAGGAAAUGGCUUUAGUCAAUUUAGUGAGACACCUUUUGGGAACAUGGGCUCUUCAAGCAAUUUACCAUUCUCAGGCUCAAUUGGAAUAAAUGCACAAGUAAACUCAUUUCAAAUGCCAGAUGAUGUAUUUUCUAACUCUGGUUUCUCCAAUAAUUUUGGAACAGAAUCCAGUUUCUCCAAUAACUUUGGAUUGGAGCCAGGUUUCUCAAAUAACUUUGGAAUGGCACCUGAUUUUCCCAGUAAUUAUGGAAUGGUAUCUGUCUCCUCCAAUAAUUUUGGAAUGGUAUCUGAUUUCUCCAACAAUUAUGGAUUACCAUCAGGUUUCUCUAAUAAUUUUGGAUUAACAUCCAAUAAGCAAACAAGUGGAUUUCAAACAAACACAGACUCAUUUCCUACAAAUUCUGAUAACUCAAACGGUUUUCAAUCAGGACCUAACCCUUAUACCCCUCCCUUAGGAACACCGCAAGAUACUUUCUCAACAACAAAUUGGAACUCAAAUUAUGAUGCGGAUACAACAAACUUUGAACAGAUUUCACCUGAGACUAUUUUUUCAACUGAUAAUUUUGACAGUGGAAAAACAGCUGAUUUUGUAGGAAGUCUAAAUUCAAAACUGAUUCCACCACCAGAAGAUGCAUUCUCAACAGAAAACUGGAACACAAAUUAUGAAGAUACAUCAUUCAACUUGGAACAAAUUCCAACUGAGGACUUUUCCUCGACUUUCGGCAAUGAAAACACAGAUGACAAAGUAUCAAAAGAAGAUGCAGGCAAGUUCGCGAAUAAAUUAGAAAAUACUUUAAGGAAAACAACUGGUUUUAACUCUAAUAUUUUGUCACAAAAUAUGUAUCAAAACUUGUUUUCGUCUAGUGAAUACCCACUAGAUGAAUAUACUAUAGCUGAAUCACUGGCAUCUUUCCUCUCUGACGAUCUAAAUAAACAAAGGAUACUCUCUAAGAAUCAACUUACAAAAACUGCUGAAGAUACAAAACAAGCAAUCGAUGAAGCAAUAUCACAAACCUCAAAUGAACUUAUUAAUCAAGCAAGUUCAAAGCCAGAAGACAUCAGCACAGAAGUAUCACCUUCUAAUAAAUCCUCAGGUUUUAAAUCUGAUUACGAUGCAUCUGCUAACAUCAAUGGGAAAAUUGAUAACAAAGCAAAAUCACCAGUAAAAACAACAGAAAUGAUAACAGAUUCUGAUGCAAAGACACAAGAAGAAGACAGUAUAAAGCAAAAGAAACUAAAUUCAUCAACUAUAGACGCAACAAAUUCGAAACAAACAGAAGUUGAUAAAGGAAGAAUACUUAAAGAGGUUCUAACAAAUAAAAAUGCAAUUAACUUUAAGAAAUUGAUGGAAAAUUAUUCCAAUAAUUUAGCAGACAGGUUCAAUGUUAAAAGCGAAUCUGAUUUAACGGAUUCAACAAAUAAAGUAUUGCAAGCAGCAUUAACUAAUAGUGAUGAAACUAUUGCAGAUGCAUUGUCUAACUUCUCAGGAGAUAUACUGGAAUCGCAACAACUAUUAACUUCUGGUAAUUUAGAUAAUAUUGUAAAUACAACUAUUGAGUGCUUCCGUCUCAGCCUGCGAGAUCUCAAUUUGAAUGUGGACUUACCAAACAAACAAAUAUUGAAAACUUUUGAAACAAAAAUCAAUAAUGAUAAAACUAGAACUAACACCAAUGAUGCAGACAUUAAUAUCAACAAUAAAAAUGAAGAAAGCGGAAUUACUAGAAAUUCUGAAGACAACAAAACUGAAACGGACUCAACUGAUUCAAGGAAAGCAAGUAACUCUCAAGUAAAUGGUGAAGCUGAUAAUGGGAAUACUUCUUCUAAUCAAAGCAAAGAGUUAGGAGUAGAAAAUAAUCAGAAGAUAGAUACCAAAAGUAAGAUUUCUGGAGCAGAAACAAAUGAUAAAAAUGCUGGCAAGGUGGAUGAACUAAACAAAUUUAAUGGUCCAAUAUCAAAUGAUUCCGACAAAAGCUCAGUUUCUAACAAUGAGCUAAGACUUAAAUUUGAAAAUGCAUUAAAAGGUCAAAUUUUAGGAACAGGAAUCUUUGAAACAUUAUUAGAUAAGAAUUUAAGUGAAAAGGAUAUAGCGGAUUCAUCAAAAUCAUAUUCAAAACUAUUAGCAGAGAAAUUCAAUAUUUCAGAGGAUAACAAUAAAAUAAAACUUCUUUCUGAGGGACUAGGGACAAUUAAAAUGAAUUCUGAUUACCAAAAUGCUAUACAGAGUCUGGCAAGUGUGACCGCGGAUAUUCUAAUGGCGGAAAAUAAAUUAAAUUCAAAUAAUUUGAAUAAUGCGUUAGAUUUAGCCAUGCAAUGUGCAUUUGAAACCUUUUCAAACGGAAUGAGUAAAGAAGUCGGCAUGGAUCAAGGAAUGCAGAUCGCAACUGAUUUAGAUAUUGGUGAAGGUACAUCAUCUGAAAAAAGUUUAAUUGGAAACUCAAAAUCAGAUCUAGGCAAAAAUGCAGACAAAGCAAUAAAAUCCAGUACAAAUAUAAAUAAUAAAACUCCAAAUAAUGUUUCAGCUGAUUCAGAUAUUGAUAUCCUAUCAUCUGGAGAAUAUGCACCUGAUUUGAAAGAGCUGAAAGGAACAGAAAAAAACAUGCAGCAAACAAAAGGUAAUGUUGAAGCAAAUGUUAUGAAAAAGCCAAUAGAAGUUGAAUCAGAAGGAAUACAAUCAGGAAAGGAUUUAAAAUCUACUUUUAUUGAUUUGUUAAAAGCAAAGGCUGCAGCCACAGGAAUUAUCAAAAAUUUAGAAGAAAUACAAGUAAAUCCACAAGAAGUAGCAGCAAUGAGUGAAACUUACUCGAAACUAUUGUCUCAAAAACUUCAAAUAAAUGCCAAUGAUGAUACAGCCAUGUCCUUUUUUAUGGAAUUUCUAAAUUCGAAAUCAAAUUUCAUGAAUACUUUCAUUAAUAAAACAGCAGAUAUACUUUCAGAUCAAGGAAAGUUGUUAAAAACCAAUCUAGACAGCAUUUCAGAUGCAGUCGUUCAGUGCUUAUUGGAAGCUGUUUCACAAUCAUUUAAUCUUAAAAUUGAUACAAAAGCAGCGUUGGCAGCAGCAGCAACCACAAAAAUGAAUUCAACAGCCUCGGGAGAUGCAAAGAAAGAUGAUACUGAUUUUGAGAAAAGUGUUGAUAAAUUGAUUUUUGAAGACAAGGACCAAAAAUCAAAAGACAGUUCAGCGACAGACAUUAAAAAACCAACAAUAAAUAGUAAAACAGAUGUAAAACAAAGCGACAAUUUUAAUUUAGAUAUAUUAGCAGAUGUAGAUGGGGAAACUAAGUUAGGUGACCAAGAUUUGAGUGUACAAGCAGCAGCAAGACAAACUGCAAAAAUAAAAGCUGAUGGUGCUAUGAUGGAGCAAAAAGAAAUAAGUUUAAACUCAAAACUUAACAACGAAGGAGCUUCAACAUUGUCCAAUUCUGAUAUCAAGAAAAAUUUUGCCUCAAUGCUGAAAGCCAAGAUAAUAGCAACAGAUAAAUUAAAUGCUUUGUUGAAAAAGUCACUAACAAAUGAAGAUUUGCUUUCUGAAAAAUUUCAAGUUGAGUUGAAUAACAGUGUUGUUGAAAGAUUAAUCGCAGGACUCUUGAUUGUUGAUAAAACAGCUGAGGAAUUUGCUACUGCAUUGACAGAUAUUACUGCAGACAUACUUAAGGACAAGAAAAUAUUGACUGAUUCAUCACAAAACAUGCUAGCUGAUGAAUCUGUUCAAUGCAUAUUGUCAAGUGUAUCACAACUUUUAGAUGGAAAAUCUAAUGUAGAAACAAAAGUUGAUUUGAACACUGCAUCUGAUACAACAAGAUCUACAGAAUCAAAAAAGACCACAGUGAAUUCUAAUAUUGAUUCAAAUGAUACAAUAAACAAAGAAUCUGAUUUCAGUCUGUCUGAUCAAAACCUACAAGCAAAACUUGCAGCAGAAUUUGGCUUAGGCCAAGAGUUUAUUGAUCAAAUUGAUGGCCAAGUAAAUACCCAGGAUAAAAAACCAGAAAAGGAAGAAACAAUGUCUGAUGCUAAAGAUAAGAGUAACAAUGACAACAAUAAUUCCAAUUUGAACUUCAAUCCGGCUGACCAAAACCUAAAAGCAAAACUUGCAGGGGAAUUUGGUUUAGAUCAAGAGUUAAUUGAUCAGUUAGAUGCACAAGUAAACAUCCAGGAUAAAAAUUUAAAAAUAGAUGAAAUAAGCUCAGACAGCAAAGAUAACAGUAAAAAGGACAACAAGGAUUCCACAAACGAGCCUGUUGAUAAAAAUGUUAAAUCAGAGCCCAAAUCUGAUACAAGUAACAAAACAGUAUCAAAGGAGGAUGCAGAUAAGCAAAAAGAUGAGUCGCCAGGAAAAGAGAAAACUUCUGAACCAAAACCCAAAACUGUAACGCCUGAAGAAAUUAAACAAAAGUUAGCGAUGGACUUAGCAACAGCUUUGGCCUCGUCAGAAGACUUUAGGCUUUCUGUGUUAUCUGGUGAUUUAGAGGACAUUAUGCAGGCAAUUACAGCAGCUGUAGAAGCAGUUUGUGGGACAGAAGCAUCAGUGGCAUUUCUAAAAACUUUUAAUGCUUCAAUCAAUUAA